GCGUCUUCCACUGGUGAGACGAAAUUCCUUCUUUCGCGCAUGCGGAUGUGAUGUGGCCACGCAAUAUUGAGCUGGUAUCGUUAUAGAUGUUUGACAUGAUAGCAGGUUAAGAAAAGAAAGACGAAAGUGUCACUUGAUAUCUUCAUAAGGUUCAACAGUGUGCAUGUUAAGUAGGGUGUUUACCACAGUUUACCUAACACGGAGUGUUUUAAAGCGAUACUUCCAAUUAAGUAUCGCAAUAAAACAACGUUGUAUAACUAAUAAAACAUUCAUGAAUGACACUUUCUUAACAAGGCGAGCAUCGACACAAGAAGUGAUAAAACGUUCAUGGACGUAAAUAGUUAGUGGAAUUAUCCUGAACAAUACAUAGAAGGUGACUAAAACGGAAGUGCGUUAUGUCUGCCAAGAAGACGCUGGACAUCACGCCGGUGUUCAACCACCGGAAGUCGGUGGCCCUGGUGGACACUGCAGAGGAGUUGGUGGACAGUCUAGAUAACCUGUCCGUCUGUCUGCGCCACAUCGAGGAGAAAUACCCACCGUCUAAAACAACAAACCCAGCAUCAAAAGGUGACGUAGUUCCGGAUCAGAACGGAAGUAUUUAUGAAAAGCUGAUGGAAAAUCUUGAAGUGGCACGCGACCUGACCGACAUCUUAAAACGCGAGAAAUGGCGCCUCAGCAGACGGGAAAUGAGCGUGGAACUCCGUAUGGGAGAAUUAGAAGAUUACAAAUCACAUUUAAAGAGCGACAUGAACGACAUGAACCAGACGGUUGAAGCCCUAAGCAUACGUAUUGUGCAGCUGGAGAACAGCCUUUGUGAGGCACAGGAACUGCAGGAGGAGACCGAGGCCGCCAAACAGGAGGCACAGGACGACCUCGACACCGCCAAUAAGACUAUUAAAGAGUUGCAAAAUAACAAGACUGACCUCGCGAAAGAAAUCACCAUGCUAACGUCCCAAAGAAAAGACAGUUCCAUGCGAAAUCAAUUUCAGGAGAUGAGCGACAAGGUGGAGAUACUUGUCCUGGAAAACCAUCAACUGAAGGACAUCAUCCGUGAGAAAGACGAUACCAUAGAAAACAUGGAGAAACGGUUGAGAGACAUAGAAGUUAAAGAAAGGGAGAAUGUGGAACAUAUGAAUGAUAUGGAGAAACGGUUGGGAGAACUUGACAUUGGCAAUGGAGAAGUUAGCAAGGCAAAGAGAGACAGCAGUGAAAUGUCGAGACAAGAUAGUGGAUACUGUGGCAGUAUUGUUGACAAGCCACCUGGAAGCACAAACCUAGAUGGCAUCAUGGAGACCACAGAAGUGGUCUAUGUGUAGAAACCACGAAGUUUAGUUAUUAAAAUGAAAAAUGUUAUAAAUCGAUUUGUGAUCGAUAUAACUACUCUGUAUUGCUUCACGUUGUCACCUUAAUUUACUGACAAAGUCAUAUUGACGCGCACAUACAUGGUAACAAUAUGGUUUCUACAUUUAUUCGUUGGUCCCAAGAGAUUGAAUUCAAUUAUUAUUUGUUCUCAUACUUUCAUGACAUUAUUGAAGAAAGUGAACAUGAAUUAUCUGUCAACAAUGACCUUUUUGGUGGCCACACAAAAUGAAUCUGUUGAUUUAUGCGAUAAAGAUGCAGCGAUAAAGUUGCGUCCCAUACCAGAAAGGACGUGGCAAAACAGUUUCCGAUACGGCGAUUACUGCUUUGAUUAUCGCUGAACAUUACAGAAAAUUAAUCAUAUGCGCUUUAUUUCUUGUCUAAGCUGGGAAGUAUGUUGCCUUUAUGUUGCUACUAUAUUGUUCUUAUAAUAAACACCUUCUACACAUACGACCAAUGCUGUAUAAUAUUAGAAAUCAGUAAUCGUUGUGGGUUUUUGAUUUCAGGGUAGUCUCGAUUUUCUCGACUAAUUAUUUCGAGUGAAGAGGGUUUUAUUAUUAAGAUAAUAUGAUUAUGCGCAUUUGUCAAAUCUACCAUACAGUGAUGCGUUACUACCUGUACGAGUAUGUAUUAAAGCACCGGUCAUGCUAUUUGUAGUUUGCGUUAAAUUGAAAACCAUGACAGAUACAUGUAUAUAAGAAAGGGCACUUGUUCAUUUCAGCUAUUCCUGCAAAUUAGUUAUUUAAAUAUGAUAAAACUGAUUAUAAAACGGGGAUGAACCCUUCUGGUGUUCUUGUUUAAGAAUGAUUAAUCUGUAUUAGAUGUAAAUAGAAAUCAUUUUACUGAAAUAUCUAUAUGUGGUUAUUAUUUUACUGAAUUUAUAUGGUCUGUAUAUGUUUCACUGAAAUUCGUUUCUCUUAAAUCUUUAUGUUCGAUCAAUAUUUUACUGUCAGUGCUGUUACUGUUCCUUCUCCUCAUUAUUUGUUUGUGUUUUCAAGUUAAAAUAUAGAUCAUUGAUUUGCAAUAUAUAUUCAUGUAUUCGUAUCACGCUUUCGAAAAAAACACCAAUGUUAUAAAUAGUACUUAUUUUGAUAAUUUUCCCCUUACUCAUAAACAUAUCAUCUUUCAUUUUUAACUCGUGAUAACAUACAUACAAAUGUACAUAAUUGUGAUCUGUAAAUCACUAAAAUGCAUUGCAAUGACUUUGUUGGUAGUUCAU